AUGAAGCCAUCUCUUCUCUCUAUAAAGAAGCCAUCUCUUCUCUCUAUAAAGACAUCUAUGAAGCCAUCUCUUCUCUCUAUAAAGACAUCUAUGAAGCCAUCUCUUCUCUCUAUAAAGACAUCUAUGAAGCCAUCUCUUCUCUCUAUAAAGACAUCUAUGAAGCCAUCUCUUCUCUCUAUAAAGACAUCUAAGAAGCCAUCUCUACUCUCUAUAAAGACAACUAUGAAGCCAUCUCUUCUCUCUAUAAAGUCAUCUAUGAAGCCAUCUCUUCUCUCCAUAAAGACAACCAUGAAGCCAUCUCUUCUCUCUAUAAAGACAUCUAUGAAGCCAUCUCUUCUCUGUAUAAAGACAUCUAGGAAGCCAUCUCUUCUCUCUAUAAAGACAACUAUGAAGCCAUCUCUUCUCUCUAUAAAGACAUCUAUGAAGCUAUCUCUUCUCUCUAUAAAGACAACUAUGAAGCCAUCUCUUCUCUCUAUAAAGACAACUAUGAAGCCAUCUCUUCUCUCUAUAAAGACAACUAUGAAGCCAUCUCUUCUCUCUAUAAAGACAUCUAUGAAGCCAUCUCUUCUCUCUAUAAAGACAUCUAUGAAGCUAUCUCUUCUCUCUAUAAAGACAUCUAUGAAGCCAUCUCUUCUCUCUAUAAAGACAUCUAUGAAGCCAUCUCUUCUCUCUAUAAAGACAUCUAUGAAGCCAUCUCUUCUCUCUAUAAAGACAUCUAUGAAGCCAUCUCUUCUCUAUAAAGACAUCUAUGAAGCCAUCUCUUCUCUCUAUAAAGACAACUAUAAAGCCAUCUCUUCUCUAUAA